CUAAACGAAUUUGUUUUACUGUAUCAUUCAGUCGGACUGUUUUCUCUGUUCUCCAAUUUGAGUGCGACGACUGCUACUUGGAAUGGAGGCUGCUGGUGACCCCAAGGCUGUUUUGCAGGAUAUCAGCAAGUUUGACAAAUCCGGGCUUGGGCAUGUCGUUCCCGAAGAGAAGGUGGUAUUGCCAUCAGCAGAAGAAAUUCAACACGAAAAGACUGAGAAACAACUUCUAGAAGAGAUCACGCACCAUCCAAAAUUGAGGCGAGCCAGCAAUCUGGAAAAGAAUCCUCUUCCCACUCCGGAGGUAUUCGCACAGGAGAAGAAGGAAAAGCAAUGAUUAGAUGAAAUCGAGCACCACCCUAAGUUCAAACCUGCGCUAACCAUGGAAAAGAACCCACUUCCGACGCAAGAGGUAGUCGCACAGGAGAAGAAGGAAAAGCAAUUAUUAGAUGAAAUCGAGCGCCACCCGAAGCUCAAACCUGCGCAAACCAUGGAAGAGAAACCACUUCCAGCACAGGAGAAUAUUCAAAAAAAGGAGAAGACUGCAUUCCGGAUAAUCGGUCCAUCACGCCCCUCUUUCCGGUUAUGGCACAUCAAGUGA